UAGUCAAGUAAUUCAACGUAAAAGUUUAACACGCACGUGACGUUCUAAAGAUUAUAACCGACCUGCUUUCGUCAGUGUGUUUCUCUCGCCUUAUCAAUUGCGUUCGAUAUCAGAUUUUGAAUACUCUCAUUCAACUUUGGAUUUUUGCUGCUGUUAAAUCUGACAAAAUGGGUAUAAAAUUCGUCAGACAUGUACUGAUCGCAAUCAAUUUUAUAUUUGUGUUGUGUGGAAUUGCGCUGAUCGUAGUUGGAGCUCUUGGGACCAAACAGGACAUGACACAUUUCAUGGAUAGCAAAUAUUUAACGGCACCUAUCCUUCUUUGUGCUAUAGGAGGUGUUAUGUUUGUAGUAGCAUUCUUAGGAUGCUGUGGUGCUUUGAGAUACAAUCAUUUUAUGGUGAUGGCCUUUGCUGUGCUCGUAUUCAUUAUAAUGAUUAUUGAGGUUGGUGGAGCAGCUGCUGCAUAUUAUUAUAAGGGACAGGUGGAAGAUUUUCUUAGAAAGAACAUGAAUACAAGUCUUGCCCAACAAAGAUCACAAUCUGUAAAAAUUUGGGAUAUGGUACAAUAUCGAUUCAAAUGCUGUGGUAUAGAUGGCCCUGAGGAUUAUGUUAAGCUAAAUCUUAAAAUCCCAGACAGUUGCUGCAAGUCAAACAAAGAUUGCUCCGAAGCAGAGUCUUGGAAAGGUUGCUUCUCACAAAUGCUUGAACUAACAAAGGGUAAUAUUACAAUCAUUGGUGGUGUUGCUAUUGGUAUAGCAGCAAUUGAGCUUAUAGGAUGCCUCUUUGCUUUGUGCUUAGCAAGAUCAAUCAAAAAAUAUAAUGAAGAUAGAUAAAUUGUGCAUUCAAAAAGUUCCUUAAGAACAAUGUUUACUUAAAUUAGUCUAUCGAUAUAAUUUUUCACUGUGUACUUAAACUUAUUAUAUUUUUUCAAAUGUGGUUGAAUCACCCUGAAACUUUUAUAUGUUUAAAAUGCUGAAUAUAGUGUAUGUUUUUGCAUUCAGCUAUAUUUUGGAUCAAAGACUUUUGAGCUCAUUUUUCUUAUUAAAAAUUAAUAAAUAGUUCACUUGGAAAAACGA